UACCUCAUCCUCCGGAUGCCUACAUUUCCCAGAAGGCGCGGCGGCAGCAGCCGGAAGCUGGAACCAGAGCGCGCUUGCACAGACCGUAUUACCGCCGUCGGUGGACAUGAUGUGACGUGCGUACUUCGGUUGAGAGUCGGUCAUCGAGCGUGUGCUGACACCGUGGUUGCCUUGGUAACGAGGGCGGAGCCUCCAUGCUGUGGUGCACCCAUGGCCUUACAUCCCCCUGAUCCAAAGUUUGUUCUUCGAGGGACCGGAGCUUCAGUAAACACACUGCAUUUCUGCUGCCGAAGCCCAGUGAACUGUGAUUCAGUACUCUUCUCAGGGUCAGCUAAUGGAUUAAUACACAUUUGGAACUUAAAGACACACAGGGCAGAUACAGUACUGGAAAGCCAUGAUAAAAAUUCAGUAAUAUGGAUACAAACAUUGCAAUGGAGAUACUCUCUCAUCAGCCAAGGUCGUGAUUCGACUGUCUGCAUGUGGGAUCUAGCUGAAGGGCGUAAAAUGGUCGUGGAUUCCAUUCCUCUGGAUAACUAUGGAUUUUGCCAGUGUUCACUAUUGGAUAGAGGUGUUGGCAGCUACCUCUUAGCUUUGCCUGGCAAGGAUUUGUCAGAGGUUAAGAUUAUAGAUCUACCUAACAAGACACCAGUCUGGACCAUAAAUCCACCAACAGAUGCUAAACUGGGCAUGCCGAUGUGUCUGAAGCUGUGGCAGCCUCCUUCCUGUUCUCGGCCUUCAAUAUUGAUUGGAUACGAGGAUGGAUCAGUGACCCUGUGGGACCUAUCGGAAAAGAAAAUGUUGAGCCGUCUCACCUGCCACAAAGAGCCAAUCAUGUGUCUUGAUUUUGAUCCGGAAAAAAUCAAAGGCAUCUCUGGCUCGUCAGAAAAAGUUGUAGCCUCUUGGAGCCUUGACCAGCAACAGAACCUUAAGCUGAAGAACGUGGUGAAGUUAGUGAAUGCUGGGAUAGCUCACACCUGCCUUCGUCAAGACAAGAAGAUAGUAGCCACGGGCGGUUGGGAUCAUCGGAUCCGCAUCUUUGGCUGGAAAAACCUGAAGCCCCUGGCUGUCCUGCUGUACCACACAGCGAGCAUCCACUGCGUGACCUUCUCUGACCAUGCCGAUCUGAGCGAAAGGUUAAUGGCUGCAGGCUCUAAAGACCAGCGCAUAAGCUUAUGGUCCCUUUACAACGAACCAUGAAGAGCAGAUUUUCUAAGGAGCCACCAUCUGUAUUUUCACUCAGAGAAGUUUGUGUGGGCAUCAUAACUUAAUUGGUGACGGACAUAAGUCUUGACCAUAAUUUGUACUGUAAUUCAAUUACAAUAAUAUUUUAAUUUGAACUGUCUCCUGUUGAAUCAACUUUUAAGGAGGAAGGAAAACAGCAUUGACACAAUAGUUCAUACAAGGUCAUUCACAGCCAGUACAUACUUUCUCUUCAGUUAUCAUCGUUUGGAAGACGGCACAGUAGCUGAUUUUACAUGUCGUGAAGAUCCACAAGUAUUCCGUCUGGGUAGCCUCCAGCCUGAUGGCAUGAUUUCUUUCCCCGUAUCUUUUUUUCCAUUCCCAAUUCUGGUUCCCCUCUCAACCUUUCCUUUCUCCUCACCUACCCAUUACCUUCUGGUUCCUCUCCUACCCUUCUAUGCUCCACUCUCCCAUCCCUGUUUCUUACUUCUUCCACCCUCCCCCUCUCCCCAUCCAUGAUCCCCCCUCAAUUCGUCUCACUUAUCACCUGCCAACUUGUACCCCACCUCCUCCCCCCCCACCUUCUUAUUCAGCCUUCUUCCCCCUUCUGUUUCAAUGAAGGGUCUUGGCUUGAAAUGUCGACUGUUUAUUCCUCUCCAUAGAUGCUGCCUGACCUGCUGAGUUCCUCCAGCAUUUUAUGUAUGUGUUGUUCUAAAUAACACAUUGUUUUUAAAUCAUUUUUUUAUUAUUGAAAUACAGAAUGAAGUAGGCCAUGUGGCUGUUCGAGCUGUGCCACCUAGCAAUUUCCCAGUUUAACCCUAGCUUAAUCACAGGACAAUCGACAAGGACCAAUUAACCUACCAACUUUGGACUGUGGGAGGAAACCAGAGCACCCAGAUGAAACCCACACAGUCACGAGGAAACAUUCAAACUCCUUACCGGCAGUGGCGGGAAUCGAACCCUAACCUCCUGUAUUGUAAAGCGUUGUGCUAACCACGACACUAUCGUGCUGCUUUCGAUAUUGCUCUUCUUUCCCCUUUCCCCCACCUUCUUAUUCCAGCAUCUUCACACUUCCUUUCCACUCCUGGUGAGGUGUUCAGAGGGUGGGGGAUACAUUUUUAAAUUGAUCACUGCUUUGAAAAGUGCCAUGGGAUUUUUCUGAAGAAUCAGUCUACAUGUAGUACCACCUAAUAGUGCUUUUAGAGUUUAAAACUUGUUGGUACAAAGUUAAUCUUAUUUUUAAUAUUAACUCUGAUGCCUCAUGAGAGUUUAUUGUGUUUAGUGAACUGCUUCCUUUGUAGAGGAUACAGAGGUCUUGAAUUUUGACACAAAUAGCUUCCAGUUAUAUAGUGCCUUUAAUAGCAAAAUGCCCUGAGGCACCUAAGGAGUUUUGUAAUAAAAUUUAAUACCAAAGCACUUAAGGAGAUAAUAAGCAGAUGUCGAAAUGCUUCAUAAAAGAAAGAAGUCUUAAGGGGUAUCUUAAAGGAGGAACGAAAGACAAAUAGGCAGACAGAACUAUUAAGGAGGGAAUGUUGUCAGAGUUUAGAACUUGGUAGCUAAAGGCAUUCCUGCCGUUAGUGGGGGUUGGGUCGUGUGAUUAAAUAUACGUAGAUUUUAGAUUGUUAAGAAGUGUUAUGAUAACUACUUGAGCCCAGAGUGCUUGUGCUGGGGGUGGGUGUGCCAAGGCUUUCAUUGGUCAGACUGCCCUUGCAGUAUUGUGAGCUGUUUGACCCCCUUAUCCAAGAAAGGAUGUGCUGGCACAGGAUAGCAUCUAGAGAAGAUUCAUGAGAAUGAUCCUGGAAUGAAAGCAUUAACGUAUGAAAAGUGUUUGAUGAAUCAGUCUGUACUUGCUGGAGUUUAGAAGAAUGGGGGCGGGUGGGGGGAUCAAGGGAUCUCACUGAAACCUAUUGAAUAUUGAAAGACCUAGAUAGAGUGGGUGUGGAGAAGAUGAUUCCAAUAAAGUUCAAAUUACAUUUUAUUAUAUGUCACUGUACAACCCUGAGAAUAAUUUUCACAUGGACAAUCUCAUUAAAUCUAUAGAAUAAUAGCCAUACCAGAAUCAAUGAAAGACUGCACAGCGAGGGUGCUCAAUCAGAGUGUAGGAGACAAGAAACUGUUGUGGGGACAUCUCAGUGAUGAGUCAAGUGAUGUUGAAUAAAGAGCCUGAUGGUUGAA